AACUGAUCCCCAGCUCAUGUCUUCUAAUAACGUAAAGCGAGCUGCCGUUGCUCUUAUUUUGAGGUUUAGGCCAAAGGACGGAUAUAGAAACCGUAGUCCGACGAGUUCAGAGGACAGUCCAUCGAAUUUAAACUCCAUAGAUCAACUGUUCAGCCAGCCCUGGAUGCAGGAUGGUGCUGUCACACCAGAGAUACUUUUCAUACAAAGAGCUGCACGCAACGGUGACAGAUGGUCUGGCCACGUAGCUUGCCCUGGUGGUAGAUACGAGCCGGCCGACGAUAAUCUCAAGUAUACAGCGAUGCGUGAAUGUUGGGAAGAAAUUGGCCUCGAUAUCUCCGAUCAGCGUCAAUUCCUUUGUCUUGGUCAGCUCGAUGAUAGGGAGGUAACGUCCAGCUUAGGCAAGAAGCUCCUCAUGAUACUCUCUCCUUUCGUUUUUGUGCAAACUACACCAAGUGAUAUAAAGCUCGAGUUGGAACCACAGGAAGUGGAAUCUGUGCACUGGAUACCCGUAGAUUUGCUCACAGAUUUGGCCCAAUAUACUCGAGUUGAGGUCGAUUUACCUACUCGUCUCUCACCAAAGUCAAACAUCGGCAGAGCGAUUCUUUCAACUGUACUCUCAAACUCCACCUUGAGCUUCCCUGCGAUACAACUUCCAAACAAGCCAUUUUUAACCGCCCCUCAAAGCGGUCUAGCUAGCGUUACAAUCACUGAGGAGAAUGAACAGGAUUACGCGCCUCCAACUCCAGCUGAACUUGAUGAAACUAUCACUGAAUUACGUAAACGUACUGCCGAUAAUAGGAUAAAUAAAUCUGAUCAUCCUACCGAAAAACUGGAACGCCCUCCGCUUAAAUUAUGGGGUUUAACUUUAGGAUUUACAUUGGAUUUCCUUAGCCAUAUACCAAAAACCGAUAAGUUGGAUACGGGAAUAAGUCCAGAAUCAUCAAGACAUCUAGCGACAGCGCACGUAAUAAAAGCCUUAUUUCCUUCUUUCAACUCACCUGAUAUCAAUAUAUGGAUGUGGGUUUGUGGUAGACGCUACAGAUCAAUACGUAGACAGUGGGAAUCAGCCGCUUUAAAUCCUGGUAGUGCAGAUAAGAAAAAGAACUGGAGUGGUACUAUAAGAUCUGCUCAUUUUGCAGCUAUCAGGAAAGCACUUAUAUUUACAGUCAUUUUCAGAAUAUGUGCUGCCUUUACAACUAUUUCGAUCUUUGGAAGGUAUCUUCACAAAUUUUUUUAAUUGUAAUAAUAAAUAGAACAUGAUGAAAUUGCAUGCAUUUG